CGACGACUUCGACCCCUUUACUCGCAUUCUUGAACCAUCGACUUUGAGGUACUCACUCCCUUUGGCAACUAAGCUGACCACAAGACCGUCUAGAUAUUGCCCACGAUGUCAAACACGAUCAGUCUACAACCUCUAUCGAACUUUACGUUCAGCACAAAGGAAUCUCAACCGGAAGAAGACCCUUCCGUCGCUGCGAGGUUGCAACGUCUGACGAACGAUUACGAUGCCAAGGGCAUGAGACGCACGGUAGAAGGAGUCUUGGUCGUACACGACCAUGGUCACCCGCACAUCUUGAUGUUACAGAUCGCCAACGCGUUUUUCAAGCUCCCCGGCCACUACCUCUCACCCGGGGAAGACGAAUCCCUCGGCCUCAAACGCCGCCUAGACAUCCAACUCACGAUGGACGUGAACGAGAACACCUUACCUCCCGGUGUCUCCGCUUCCGGUCUGAGCGGGGCCAGCUUAGGGACGGAUAGUUUUGACUUGGGUGGAGGGGAUUGGGAGGUAGGGGAUUGUUUGGGGACUUGGUGGAGGCCGAAUUACGAGACUUAUAUGUACCCCUACACCCCGCCCCAUGUUACGAAACCGAAAGAAUGCAAGAAACUCUACUUGAUCCAUAUGCCCGAACGAAAGGUACUCGCGGUACCUAAGAACAUGAAAUUACUCGCCAUCCCCUUGUUUGAACUGUAUGAUAAUACGGCGAGGUACGGUCCUCAGCUGGCUGCGCUCGUCACGGCGUUGAGCAAGUACGAUUUCGUCUACCUGUAGAACGAGUUGCCUUGCAGCAGACGCUUUUCAACCUUGGGCGCAGAUUACAUGUGAUGAUAACCUUGUAGCUCGUAGAUAGAAUCUGCUAUGGGCGGAGAUGUCGUCGAGAUAUAUCGACACCGACGACGACGUCAUUCUCUUACGAGAAGGAGCGGGUUCUGAAUGUCUUUUGAAAGCGCGUCAAAGGGAACGAUCGACAUUUCGAGCUGAUGGUGAUCGUGAUAUAGCAUUUAUCGUCG